GCAGCCAGCCUGAAGAGUAUCAGCAUCAUCAUAAGAAUAUCAUCAGGAGAAACUCACCAAGAUGGGGAACUGCUGCGGCGGUACAGGAAACUUUUUUGGCCCACAGAAGAACACCUACAUGCGUGUUAGUCUGCCGGCCGUCUGCUUCGUUUGGCAGAUUGCUAUGAUUGUGCUGUUUGGGAUUUUUGUACGGUAUAAUGCGGAAGCCGAUGCACACUGGGUUGAGACUAAAAAAGAGGAGAACAUCACCAGUGACAUUGAGAAUGACUUCUACUACAGAUACCCCAGCUUCCAGGAUGUUCAUGUCAUGAUCUUUGUUGGAUUUGGUUACCUCAUGACAUUUCUGAAACGCUACAGCUUUAGCGGUGUGGGCUUCAACUUCCUGAUUGCCUCUUUUGGUCUGCAGUGGGCUCUUCUCAUGCAAGGCUGGUUCCACUCCCUCGACCCCGACACUGGAAAAAUCUAUAUCGGCAUUGAAAAUCUGAUCAAUGCAGACUUCUGCUGUGCCGGCUCUCUGAUUGCCUAUGGGGCCCUCCUGGGCAAAGUAAGCCCUGUCCAGCUGAUGGUUGUCACCUUAUUUGGUGUUACACUGUUUGCUGUGGAGGAAUUCAUCAUCCUCGAACUCUUUCAUUGCAGAGAUGCUGGCGGCUCCAUGGUCAUUCACUGCUUUGGAGGGUACUAUGGUUUAGCUAUUUCCUGGGUGCUCUACCGACCAAACCUCAACCUCAGUAAACGCCUCCAGGGAUCAACUUACCAGUCUGAUGUGUUUGCAAUGAUUGGGACCCUGUUUCUGUGGAUGUUCUGGCCCAGUUUCAACUCAGCCAUCACAGACCACGGCGACGCUCAACACAGGGCAGUCAUCAAUACCUACAUUGCCCUCGCCUCCUCUGUUCUCACUACAGUGGCCAUCUCCAGCAUGUUUCAGAACAAAGGAAAACUGGACAUGGUACAUAUCCAGAAUGCCUCUCUGGCAGGAGCUGUUGCUAUGGGGACAGCAUCAGAGUUUAUGAUCACACCUUAUGGCUCCCUAAUUGUGGGUUUCUGCUUGGGAAUCAUCUCCACCUUUGGCUAUGUGGUCGUAACGCCCGUUUUAGAGCGGUCUUUCAAGCUUCAAGAUACAUGCGGUAUCCACAACCUUCACGCAGUGCCGGGCAUGCUUGGUGGCUUCAUAGGUGCCAUCGUCGCAGCAACAGCUUCUGAGUCUGUCUACAGUAAAGAGGGGUUAAUAAAGACAUUUAACUUGGAAGGCAAGUACCAAAACAGGAGUAUGGGAACGCAGGGAGGCUUUCAGGCUGCUGGCACAUGUGUGGCGAUGGCAUUUGGACUCAUCGGAGGAGCCAUUGUUGGUUUUAUCCUGAAGUUGCCCAUCUGGGGUGAUCCUGCUGAUGACAACUGCUUUGAUGAUGAGGCCUACUGGGAGCUUCCUGAAGAUGAGGAGACCAUCCCUCCUGUCUUGGAGUACAACAACCACAUGACCCACAAGCAUCACGAGAUGUCAGAGUCCAACUUCACUAUGGAGCAAAUUUAGAGCCAAGCACUGGGAGCCCAAACCCAUUUUGUUGGGUUGAACUUGAUGCUGCUGAGAAGCAACAUUCAUUUAUUAAGAUACCAUAAGAAUGAACAAAGAUUCUCUGACACUCCUGUUUGGCACCACUUACACCUGAUACAUUUGUCAGGCUUGUCGAAUUAUCAGAUGCCACAGAUUAAAAAAAAAAAUCUAAUAUAUGGGAAAUAAUUCAAUCUGAAUGCUAUUUUAAUUGCUAAAUCAGAUUUGUUUUCUCAUUGUGUAAGUGAUGUUAUAAAUUUGGUUUGGAAAAGUAAUGUUCUGUUUCCAGUCUGUAUGAUGUGAGGUCAGAGAUGCUGUGUUUAUGUACUAUAAGCUGAUUAUGAUACUCUGAAAACGUUUUUUUCUGAAAUGUAUUGUGAUUUCAUGAGUAAAAGUAAAUACCACAUUUUUAAGGCCUAUAACAAGCCUUUAAAUAUAAUAUCCUUUGAUGAAAGAAGAGUCUGUUAAAAGCAUUGCAUAGUGUAGUGCAGGCAUAAAAGAAUGUGUUUAUGAAUCAGAAGUAUUCGUGUUGUUAAAUUAUGUUUAGAUUUUUUUUUCUUUUAUUCUUCUUUCCUUUUUUUUUUUUUUUUUUUCUUUUUUGUUAAAUUAGAUUUUGUAAGUCUUGCUGUUUGUACAUAUAAUUUCACCUUUAUCACACACUAUAUGUUUGGAAACUAUCUGACUCUAAAAACUGAAGCUCUGAGUAACCAUGAUACAGCUUCUUGUUGAACGUUACCUCCAAGGAGCUCAAGAAAGUGCAUUACCUCAUCAGUCAAUCUUUCUUUUUACAAAAAUGCAUUGAUUACUGGCCUCACUAAUAAAAACGUUGAGGAAUAUAUAAAUAUAUAUAUUAAUCUUUAAUUAAUAUUUUAUCAAUGUCAAAUAUAUAAAAGGAAACAUUUAUAAUCUUUGUGCAACUGCUCAGUUAAAAACAUUUAUGGCUGAAAUGUCAUUUUAAAUGAAAAACAAAAAGCUCACUUGGCACAUUAAGCAAGAAAAUGAUUAUGCUCAUCUGGCAGGUUGUAGUAGCUGAUGCAAUAUUUCAGACAAGUUGUUCUGCUACAGUUUUGAGGGUGGAUGCUCUUUUUUAAAACAGCAGUGCACAGUACAUGAUGAUGAUGAUGCAAUCACAGUGUGACUGCAUUGCUAAUUAGCAAGUUGCAUUGUAUCAUUGUUACAAAUGAAAAUGUUGCUUUAACCUGGCUUUUUUUUCCCUCUUUACAUCCAACCAUUGCUUUAAUUUUUUUUUUACACAAGCAGUCUUGUUCAAAAAUAUGCUGAAAAACUGGAAUAAAUUAUAGUCAUAUGA